CGUCUCUAUCCUCGUGCUCCCUCUCUCUCUCUCUCUCUCUCUCUCUCUCUCUCUCAAGUCUCACCCUCUCCAUGUACAACAACACAACCAUUUUAGCUCCUUAAAAAACACACUCUCACAACGUUGUCAAUGGGUGCUGACAUGUCGAACAAUCCACCUCCAACUUCUCAAACCAAAGACUUAUUUGCCUCUCCAGCUCUUUCUCUUAGCCUUGCUGGGAUUUUUCGCCAUGGCGGUGCGGCGGCGGAGGCUGAGGCUGCCACUUCUCACAUGGAGUUGGAGGAUGGGGAGGAGGGGAGUGUUGGGAUUGAGCGCCUUGAGGAGAUUAGCAGUGAGACCUCAGGUCCCACAAGAUCCAGAUCAGAGGAUGAUUUUGGUGAAGGAGAAGGUGAGCACGAAGAUGAUGACGGUGAUGGAGACAAAGAUAACAAGAAGAAGAAGAAGAGGAAGAAAUAUCACAGGCACACACUUGAGCAGAUCAAAGAAAUGGAAGCGCUUUUCAAAGAGUCACCACAUCCUGAUGAAAAGCAGAGACAACAACUUAGCAAGCAAUUAGGCCUUGCUCCUAGGCAAGUCAAGUUCUGGUUCCAAAAUCGUCGAACCCAGAUCAAGGCAAUACAAGAGCGUCAUGAAAACUCAUUGUUGAAGACAGAAAUUGAUAAACUAAAGGAGAAAAAUAAGAGCUUGAGAGAGAUCAUAAACAAAGCUUGCUGCCCCAAUUGUGGGGUGCCCACUACAAGCAGAGAUGGUGCCAUGCCAACUGAAGAACAACAACUACGCAUUGAAAAUGCCAAACUCAAAGCUGAGGUUGAGAAACUUCGAGGAGCUUUAGAAAAAUACGCACCAGGGACAACUUCCCCUUCAUGUUCUUCUGGCCAUCAUGACCAAGAGAACAGAAGCUCUUUGGAUUUUUACACUGGAAUUUUUGGACUUGAUAAGUCAAGGAUAAUGGACAUUGUAAACCAAGCAAUGGAGGAGCUCAUAAAGAUGGCCACAGCAGGGGAACCGUUAUGGCUGCGUAGCUUUGAGACCGGUCGCGAAAUACUUAACUAUGAUGAGUAUGUGAAGGAGUUUGCAGCUGAAAAUUCCGAGAGUACUGGGCCAAAGAGAUCCAUCGAAGCCUCAAGAGAGACAGGGGCUGUUUUUGUUGAUCUCCCAAGGCUUGUCCAAAGUUUUCUAGAUGCUAAUCAAUGGAAGGAAAUGUUUCCGUGUUUGAUAUCCAAAGCAGCAACAGUUGACAUCAUAUGCAAUGGAGAAGGAUCUAACAGGAACGGUGCAGUGCAACUGAUGUUUGCUGAACUACAAAUGCUCACACCAAUGGUGCCCACAAGAGAGGUGUAUUUUGUCAGGUACUGCAAACAAUUGAGUGGUGAACAAUGGGCAAUCGUUGAUGUAUCCAUAGACAAAGUAGAAGACAACAUCGACGCUUCCCUCGUCAAAUGCAGAAAACGCCCAUCCGGUUGCAUUAUUGAGGACAAGUCAAAUGGCCAUUGCAAAGUAAUCUGGGUGGAGCACUUGGAAUGCCAGAAGGGAGCAGUCCACACAAUGUAUCGCGCCAUUGUGAACAGUGGCCUGGCCUUCGGGGCAAGGCACUGGAUUGCGACAUUGCAACUUCAAUGCGAACGUCUUGUUUUCUUCAUGGCAACUAAUGUCCCCAUGAAGGAUUCCACUGGUGUUGCCACGUUGGCUGGGAGAAAAAGCAUUUUGAAGUUGGCACAAAGAAUGACAUGGGGCUUCUGCCAUGCAGUCGGGGCAUCAAGCUUCCACACAUGGACUAAGGUUACCAGCGAAAAUGGGGAAGACAUAAGGAUUAGUUCUAGAAAGAACUUGAACGAUCCUAGUGAGCCUCUUGGGCUGAUACUGUGUGCAGUUUCUUCUGUGUGGCUGCCUGUCUCUCAUAAUGUUCUGUUUGAUUUCUUGAGGGAUGAAACUCGCAGGACUGAGUGGGAUAUCAUGUGCAGUAGCGCUUCAGUGCAGUCCAUUGCAAAUCUAGCCAAAGGGCAAGACCGAGGCAAUGCAGUAACCAUUCAAACAAUAAAAUCCAAAGAAAACAGCAUGUGGAUACUGCAAGAUAGCUGCACAAAUUCUUAUGAGUCAAUGGUGGUGUAUGCUCCAGUGGACAUUACUGGCAUGCAGUCUGUGAUGACAGGAUGUGAUUCAAGCAACCUUGCCAUACUGCCCUCAGGAUUCUCAAUUGUUCCUGAUGGCCUAGAGUCAAGGCCAUUGGUGAUUACUACAAGGAAGGAAGAAAAGAACACAGAGGGAGGAUCUUUGUUUACAAUAGCAUUCCAGAUCCUUACCAAUGCUUCUCCUACAGCAAAGUUAACAUUGGAAUCUGUGGACUCGGUCAACACUCUUGUAUCAUGUACAUUGAGAAAUAUCAGAACAAGUUUACAGUGUGAAGAUGGAUAGUCAAAAAUCAAAAUCAGAUAAUUACAAGAUAGGCUUUGAUUAGAUGUGAUAUUCUUCUGCAUUCUAUCCCCUUUUUGGCCAGUGUUCAGCCUGGCAAAACUAGCUUGCAUUUAUGAUUUAUCUCCUUACUUUGGGUUAAUUUUAUUCAUUGUUCCAUUAGGAAGGAGGGUUUGGACUGAAUAUUUAUAUUUGUAAUUUGUAUCUGCAGUUCCAUAGGCAGAACUAGAAAGAGAGAAAAAAAAAAGUUUAGAGCCUAGAAAUCAUGUAUGUCGUCUUGUACAGAAUUAUCAUUUGUUAAUUCCUUAUGUGUUUGGUUUAUGCCUAA